AUGGAAUCCAACAUUCUCUCCACGCCAGACCUCUCGCCGCUAGAGCAAGAAGUCCUCGACGAAUAUGAACGGCUAUCAAAUAACAUGAAGCAGUUGGCGUCUGUCCUAGAUGACCUCGCUUCGAACCCGUCGACAGAAAUCCUAGAUGGGCUGCGGGACUUGGAGCGCAAGACGAGCCUGGCGUUUACGCUGCUCAAAGCGAGUGUUUAUAGUAUUGUGUUGCAGCAGGAGAUUGAUUGGGGGCAGGGGGAGCAGCCUUGA